UUGGAUUAGCAUUUGCAAAAUUUCAAUGUUGAUUUUUUGAUUUUAAUCUGAGCUAUAAUGUGCAUUUGCUCAACUCGUGUACUCAAAAUCGUUCUUUUGGCAUUCAUACAUCUUGCCGCAGGAUUUAAUGCCGCACAAAUAGCAAAAGAUAUUACUUUGCUGGAUAAACUGGUGGGUCACCAUCAUGUUAUACUUACUAUAAGUCUAGCACUAUGUGUUGUUAUACUAGUUGUUCUCAUAGUUGCCAUAUUUGCUGCGAUUUGUCAUCAUAUAUUGGCUUUAAACGUGACGCUUGUUUUCUUGAUUUUUAAGUGUGUAGCAAAGGGUAUUAUCGUAAUCGUUUGUACUUUAACCGCAGAAACAGGUAUUGAAAAUACUGCCGCCCAUUUAUGGUUCUUUCUAUGCUGGAAAUUCACGUGUUGCUGUAUGAUCUUUAAUCUAUUCUUUUAUAUACGGCUAACGGAGAAUUCAAGACAAGCUGACUAAUUCUUAUAAAGAGUAUUG